AUAACUUAUCAAGGUUUAUUUUUUUCAAUGUUGUUAUCUUCCCUUUUUUUUCUUUUUUAGUGAAUAACCAAAGAAGGGAAUUUGGAGCCUAUGUCAACUGUCAAAGCUCAAUAUGAGUAACACUUAUCUCUGAGUUUCUUCUCAUUUGGGUGGAUCGCAGCUCCCAUCUAUGGCUGCUUCAACAGCCUUCUACGGCGCCGUCGCUUUCAAGCUAUCCUCCCGCCAACCCAAUCUUACCCUUAUUCCCCAUUUCUCUUCCGUCAAUCUCUCUUCGUGCACCAGUAUUCGCCCCUCAGAAUCCCUGAUUUCUCGCAACACUCCCCCCAAGUCUCGCGCCCCGGUCACUCGUCUCCGAUCUGCUCCCCCUGCCGCCGCCGCCGCCUCAGCCACCACCUUCCACGGCCUCUGCUACGUCGUCGGCGACAACAUCGACACUGACCAAAUCAUUCCCGCCGAGUACCUAACCCUAGUCCCAUCGAAGCCGGAGGAGUACAAAAAGCUCGGGUCGUACGCCCUGUGCGGGCUUCCCGCAUCCUACCCGACCCGAUUCAUAGAUCCGGGUGAGUUCAAAUCCAAGUACUCAAUUGUAAUCGGAGGCGAUAAUUUCGGGUGCGGAUCCUCCCGCGAACACGCCCCUGUAGCCCUAGGCGCCGCCGGAGUCGCGGCGGUGGUGGCCGAUUCCUACGCCCGGAUAUUCUUCCGUAAUUCCGUGUCUACCGGAGAGAUUUAUCCUCUGGAAUGCGAUGUGAGGAUCUGCGAGGAGUGUAAAACGGGUGACACAGUGACUGUUGAGCUUGGUGAAAGCAAGUUGAUCAACCAUACACGUGGGAAGGAAUACAAACUGAAACCCAUUGGAGAUGCUGGGCCUGUGAUUGAUGCGGGUGGGAUUUUUGCUUACGCCAGGAAGACAGGGAUGAUUCCUUCGCGCGCAUAGAAAGCCCGAAACAGGAAAAAAACCAGGGGGCGGUCAUCUCAGAAAAGGUAAAUUCGGCUUAAUCACAAAUUGGU